CAUCAUCGAAGGCCAAUUGAACCGCAAAAAUGGCUUCCGACGCAGCUACUGAGGGGCGGCAGGCGACCCGCGAGGAGAUGCGCGAUGCCCGUCUCCCUCUCGCCUACAGAGACAGCUGCGCCCACCUCCUGAUUCCCCUGAACAAGUGCCGGAGAGAGACCUGGUACGCUCCGUGGAAGUGCUCGGACGAGCGACACAGCUACGAGAAAUGCCAGUACGUCGAGUUCAAGAAGCGAGUAGCCAAGAUGAACGAGCUGCGGGAGUCAAAAGAAGGCGCACGAAGCAACUAGGGUGCUGCGAGGACGAUGGAACGCCGUGUACAUAUCAUCCAUGCAUGAGGACCGGGAAUAGAAGAAUUUGUGAAC